AUUGGUUACCUUGGAAAUUAGUAAAACUGCCUGUUAUACUGAAUUUAACGAUACCAACGUGGAAUAUACCUUCUUAAUGGACACUUAUGACGUUGUCAAUUUUUAUUGCAAAGAAAGUACCACUGGAGCGCUUAUUACAUCUAAUAAACCCGUAGCGCUUUUGUCUGGAAACAAAUGCUCUUUUAUACAGAGUUCCUCCUGUGAUCAUAUCGUAGAGAUGCUUCCACCGACAUCAGAAUUUGGAAAACACCAUGUACUAGCAUUACCCGGUGGUUACCGAUUUCCCAAUGAAUUGAAGCCCUUAAUGAUGCUUAUCCCACCAGUAAAUAAAUAUACCAAUGAUUACGUAUUGGAUGCGGAUGUUUAA